AUGGCGAACAAGGCGAUCGUUUACGUCGAGAAGGGCAAAGCUGCCAUUCAGGAGGUGUCCGUACCUCAACUGCGUGACGACUAUGUUUUGGUCAAGGUCAAUGCUGUCGGUGUGAACCCCACCGACUGGAAGCAUGUUGAUUUCGGCAUCACAAACCCUGGAUCGCGAGUUGGAUGUGAUUUCGCUGGUGUUGUGGAAGCCGUCGGCAGCAAGGUCACGAAGCCGUUUAAGAAGGGUGAUCGCAUUAGCGGUGCGGUUCACGGAAGUGACGGAACCCAGCUGGAGAACGGAGGGUUUUCAAACUACAUCGUCGCCAAGGGUGACGUUCAGAUCAAGACUCCCGACAACCUCAGCGACGUAGAGGCUGCAACCCUCGGAAUUUCUCUCUCCACAGUUGGCCAAGGACUGUACCAAACCUUGGGCCUGCCCUUGCCAAACGCGGUUGAGAAAGACAACCAGUACAUUCUGAUCUACGGCGGCAGUACGGCAACUGGUAUUUUCGGUAUUCAGUAUGCCAAGCUUUCUGGACUUAAGCCUCCCCUCACAACUUCGACUAUUCUCAAGUCUCUUGGCGCCGACGCCGUCUUUGACUAUAAAUCACCCACCGUGGCCAGUGAUAUCCGCAAAUACACCAACAACAGCCUGAAGCUCGCGUGGGACUGCACAGGUCAGGGAGCCGCCAUUUCCGCAGGCGCCCUCAGCAGCGACGGAGGAAAAUACGCCACGAUCAUCGGCGUGAAGAAGGAGGAGCUCCUUGCCGUCAACCCCAAGGUGGACGGCCCGCACGCGACGAUGAUGUACACGAUUUUCAACGAGCGGUACUUCAAGGGCACGGAGACGCUGCCCAAGCCCGAGGACUUCGAGUUCGCCAAGAAGUUCUUGGCAAUUUCCCAGGGACUCCUGGAGCAGGGCAAGCUGAAGGUGCCCAACCCGAUUGUGAACAGGGGCGGUGCUGGUUUCGAGGGAAUUCUCAAGGGGCUUGAUGAGUUGCGGGCAGGCAACGUCAGCGCUGGAAAGCUGGUGUAUACUCUGUAA